AUUGAAAAAUUACCACCUAAAAAAGAUACUAAGUUUGGGCAAUGUAAAGUGUCGAUGUUAACUUACUGCAAUUCACCUUAAAUUUACUAUAACCUGGACCAAAGACAGCUCGAAGUCUGGAAAACAUUGUAUCUAAAGAUUUAUUCAGCCAUAAACAAGAAGAAAAUUGCAUCAUUUGGAGGGAAAUGGUUACAAUUAGAGAUCAUCAUUACUAAUAAAGGCAGACACACAAAACAAGUUCUGCCUGUUGGUUCUUACAUGCAAAAUCUAGAUUUAAAUAUAUGUAUACAUGGCAUAAAAGGGGAGGGAGGACUUUAUUCGGGAAGAGGAAGGGGAACAGUAAGAGGGGAAGGGAGGACAAGAUUUGCUAACAAGAAGUGAAUGUGACCACAGUAGAUUAAAGUACAUGUAUGAAAAUGUCACGUGAUGUCCAUCAUUUGUAAAAUGGAUAACAAUAAAAAGCAAACAUACUGAUAAAAUCUUCUGUUUAUGUCUGUGAGACAGGAUCUGACGCAGCCUAGGCGGGCCUCAAACUUACUAUGUUGCUGAGACUGGCCUAUGACAGGUGUGUGCCACUACUCUCAGCUUCAUUCAUGUACCCCUAUCACCCUCUCUUGCACCCCUCCCCAUGAGCCCCUCCUUCUUCCCAAGUAGUUCCCCUUCUAUUUUCAUGUCUUUUCUAUGAAUGCAACCCACUGAGUUUAAUUAGGGUUGCUUGAAUAAGCAUGGGAGGGAGGAUUAUAGGAACACUGGCAACUAACCAGUAAAUACACUACUGAAGAAAAUUACUCCUCUCUCAGAGCAGCCACUGACUUUACCGAUGGUUCCUCAGGGAGGGAUGGGGCCUCAUCAGUCCAACCCCCACAACGGAAUGUUGACAGGCCCUGUCUUUUGUGUAGGUAACCACAGCUAUGAUCUCAUCAAAGCAGCCACCACAUUGUAUGUCCAGGAGGCAGUUUUUACAGCACUCCUCCCUGUUCAUCUCUUACAUUCCUUCUUAUAUUAUAGAUAUUUUGAAUAUGUGAGGAAAAUGACUCUUAACAUCAAGUUCCCCAAAACAUAUUUCACUCAUUCCAUAGACUAGGCUAGCCGUAAACUCACAGAGAUCUACCUGUAUCUGCCUUCUGUGUGCUGAGGGUCAAGAUGUGAGCCACUAAGCCCAACAACAGGUAUUCUUUUUAAAAAGAUUUUUAAAGGUGUGUGUGUGUGUGUGUGUGUGUGUGUGUGUGUGUGUGUGUACUCGCGAGCACACACAGGCAGAGAUUUGCACACAGGAAAGCGCACCAGAAAACAGCCUUGCUAGGGGAGUGACGAACGCAGGAUUAGACAGGGAAAAUUGAACUGAAAUUGACCAGAUGGAAGCAAGGGACCAGGACCUUAUACUUCAUCUGGAUUCACUAAAAUGUGUCCACUGAAUGCAGACAUAAUUCCCAUUCACCAACUGUAGAACACAGGAGUUAGCAAGGCUUUAGGGGAGACUUGAAAUCAGUGAGAUUUAGAAGAGUAACAGUAAAAAUGGAAAAAUUAAAGAUGCUAAAAUGAUCAGUUAACUGAAGGUUGAAGUAGGAAGGGUGUCUCUCUAUAAGCUCAGACACAGUUCAAUGUACAGAAACAGAAACAUAAAGCUAGAAUUGCUGGUAGUGGGAAACAUGGUUGCAGGGCAAGUUGUCUUUUGUGGGGAGUAGUGGCAUCAAGACAGUUUCUGUUUUGUGUAGCCCUGGCUGUCCUGGAAUUCACUAUAAUCCAAGCUGCCCUUUAACUCACAGAAAUCCACCUACCUCCUCCUCCUGAGUGCUGGGAUUAAAGAGGUGGGCCCCCACACUUGGCUGCCUUUUGUUUGAUUUGAGCCAGGGUUUCAGGCAGCCUCAGGCUGGCCUUGAUCUUGACAUAGAUUGGAGGAUAAUCUUGAACUCCUGAUUUACUUGCUUCCUAAAGUUGCUGCUGUGUACGACUAUGCCCACUCAACCUGACUUCAGAGUAAGCUAAGUGAGAAAGAUGUGGGCAGUUACAAUCACGAAAUAUUCAUCAAGGCCAAGGGAAUUGUAAUUGCUGGGGCAGGGGCAGAAUUACGGAACUGCACAACGUUAUGAUUCUGAUGAAGUUGCCAAGGAACGUGUUCAGUUGUAAGCCUGAAGUUGUAGUUUAUUUAUUUAUUCAUUGACAGACUAUUUAUUCAUUGACAAAGUCUCAGUAUCUAGGCCCAGCUGGCUUUGAAUGAUCAAUCCACUUUCUUCAACCUCCAGAACACUAACCAAUCCCAGAGAAAAAUUAAAGAACAAUUAUUUGCACAUUUGCAAAUUGUACUGCAUUUUGAUAGCCUCAGAGGGUUGCAGCAUUAAUGUUUAAUUUAAUGCACCCGACCCGUGUCGAUCCGGGUGGCAAGAGCCUGUAAUUCCUAGUACUCGGGAGGUUGGGGCAGGAGGAUAAGAGUUCAAGGCCCACCUGAGCUAAAAAGGGAGCUGCCAUCUCAAAACAUACAUGUGUACGUGGGUAUGUAAAAAAAAAAAAAAAAAAGUCUCCCAAAAAUGCUAACACAAAAGAUCCCUCUCCCGUUCACUUUUCCCCCUUGUUUCGCUGAUUGAUGAAGAGGUUGGGUAACAACUUACAAGCCAACACUCUAACGGAGGGGAAGGUGACCGCUAGCUGCUAAUGUGCCUGUCAGGCCUCUUCCCUCGCCGCCCGCCCCCGCCCGUUUUUCAAAAUGAAAACACACACAGCCCCGCCCCUGCUCUAGGCGGUCGGGAAAGGGCGCCGCGGCCGCCGCCGGCUCCAAAAUGACCGCUAGUGGAGGCAUCUUCCUCCCGCUUCAGCCUCUCUCUCGCGGUGAAAAGCCACAACCGAUCCUCAGACCCACGGUCCUCGGCCAGCGAAAGUCUCACAGGCCCGCCCUGCGCCACACCCCCGGAAGUGACGUCGACGUGACCCGCCCUUGUCCCGUCGGGCCUCGCGACGCGCGGGAAGAUGGCGGCGGCGGGAUCCCUGGAACGGAGCUUCGUGGAGCUGAGCGGAGCUGAACGCGAAAGGCCCAGGCACUUUCGGGAAUUCACAGUGUGCGACCUUGGGACUGCAAAUGCUGCGUUUGGAGCAGUGAAAUACAGUGAGAGCGCAGGAGGCUUCUAUUAUGUGGAAAGUGGCAAGUUAUUCUCCAUCACCAGAAACAGGUUCAUUCAUUGGAAGACUUCCGGGGAUACAUUGGAGCUGGUGGAGGAAUCACUGGACUUAAAUUUGUUGAAUAAUGCUGUUCGCCUAAAAUUCCAAAAUUACAGCCUCUUACCCGGUGGGGUUCAUGUCUCUGAGACCCAGAAUCAUGUGAUAAUCUUGAUAUUAACCAAUCAUACAGUACACAGAUUAAUUUUACCACACCCAUCCCGUAUGUACAGAAGCGAGCUGGUAACUGAAAGUCAGAUGCAAUCAAUAUUUACUGACAUUGGAAAAGUUGAUUUCAAAGAUCCUUGCAACUAUCAGUUAAUUCCAACAGUGCCUGGACUGUCCCCGAGUUCCACCACUUCUGCAGCCUGGCUUAGCAGUGAUGGGGAGGCUCUGUUUGCUCUACCGUCUGCUUCUGGUGGCAUCUUUGUUCUUAAGCUGCCUCCUUAUGACAUACCUGGGAUAGCAUCAGUUGUGGAACUGAAACAGAGUUCAGUGAUGCAGCGGUUACUCACAGGCUGGAUGCCCACAGCUAUAAGGGGUGACCAUGGGCCUUCAGAUCGUGCCCUGAGUCUUGCUGUUCAUUGUGUUGAACAUGAUGCCUUUAUUUUUGCCCUAUGUCAGGAUCAUAAACUACGGAUGUGGUCUUAUAAGGACCAAAUGUGCCUGAUGGUGGCUGAUAUGCUGGAAUAUGUCCCUGUAAACAAAGACCUUCGGCUCACUGCAGGAACAGGACAUAAGUUACGGCUUGCAUAUUCCCCUUCCAUGGGGCUCUACCUAGGAAUAUACAUGCAUGCUCCAAAACGAGGACAGUUCUGCAUUUUCCAGUUGGUGAGCACCGAGAGCAGUCGCUAUAGUUUAGAUCACAUUUCUUCACUGUUCACUUCUCAGGAGACACUGGUCGAUUUUGCCUUAACCUCAACGGAUAUCUGGGCCCUGUGGCAUGAUGCUGAGAACCAAACAAUUGUGAAAUAUAUCAACUUUGAACAUAAUGUUGCAGGUCAGUGGAAUCCAGUUUUUAUGCAGUCUCUACCAGAAGAAGAAAUUGUCAUCAGAGACGAUCAAGACCCCAGAGAAAUGUAUUUGCGGAGCCUUUUUACACCAGGACAAUUCAUAAAUGCAGCUUUAUGUAAAGCUUUACAGAUUUUCUGCCGGGGUACUGAGAGGAACUUGGAUCUUUCAUGGAGUGAACUAAAAAAGGAAAUUACUUUAGCUGUUGAAAAUGAGCUCCAAGGAAGUGUAACCGAGUAUGAAUUCUCCCAGGAUGAAUUUCGUACUUUACAACAGGAAUUCUGGUGCAAGUUCUAUGCCUGCUGUCUCCAGUAUCAGGAAGCCCUCUCCCACCCUCUUGCUCUACAUUUGAAUCCUCUCACAAACAUGGUGUGCCUUCUGAAGAAAGGGUACCUGUCUUUCCUGGUCCCAUCUUCCUUAGUAGAUCAUUUAUAUCUCCUGCCUGAUGAGCACCUUCUGACAGAGGAUGAGACGACCAUAUCGGAUGAUGCAGAUGUGGCACGGGAUGUCUUAUGUCUUAUCAAAUGCCUCCGGAUGAUUGGGGAGUCAGUUACCAUGGAUAUGGCAGUUUUGAUGGAAACCAGUUGUUACAACUUGCAGUCUCCAGAGAAGGCUGCAGAACACAUUUUGGAAGAUUUGAUCACUAUUGAUGUAGAAAAUGUGAUGGAAGACAUUUGUAGUAAACUGCAAGAGAUCAGAAACCCCGUCCAUGCCAUUGGGCUUCUCAUACGGGAAAUGGAUUAUGAAACGGAAGUGGAGAUGGAAAAGGGAUUCGAUCCAGCUCAGCCUUUGAAUGUUCGAAUGAAUCUUUCCCAGCUCUAUGGUAGUAGCACAGCAGGAUAUAUUGUGUGCAGAGGUGUGUAUAAAAUUGCCAGCACUCGCUUCCUGAUCUGCCGAGACCUCUUGAUCUUACAGCAGCUGUUGACAAGACUAGGAGAUGCAGUGAUCUUAGGAGCUGGUCAGCUCUUUCAAGCUCAGCAAGACCUGCUGCAUCGCACAGCUCCCCUGCUCUUGUCUUAUUACCUCAUUAAGUGGUCAAGUCAGUGCUUGGCAACCGAUGUCCCAGUUGACACACUGGAGUCUAAUCUACAACAUUUGUCAGUACUGGAACUAACUGAUUCUGGUGCCUUAAUGGCAAAUAAAUUGGUCUCUAGCCCUCAGACAAUUAUGGAGUUAUUCUUCCAAGAAGUUGCAAGAAAACAUAUUAUAUCUCAUCUCUUCUCUCAGCCCAAAGCCCCUCUAAGCCAAACUGGACUGAAUUGGCCUGAAAUGGUUACUGCAGUUACCGGCUAUUUGUUACAGCUUUUAUGGCCUAGCAAUCCUGGUUGUCUCUUUCUAGAAUGUUUGAUGGGAAAUUGCCAGUAUGUACAAUUGCAGGAUUACAUCCAACUACUGCAUCCCUGGUGUCAAGUCAAUGUUGGAUCAUGUCGCUUUAUGCUGGGACGGUGUUACCUAGUUACAGGAGAAGUACAGAAGGCUCUGGAAUGUUUCUGUCAGGCAGCAUCGGAAGUGGGCAAAGAAGAAUUCUUAGAUCGCUUGAUCCGAACAGAGGACGGGGAGAUCGUGUCCACCCCCAAGUUGCAGUAUUAUGAUAAGGUUUUACGUCUGCUAGACGUUGUUGGAUUGCCUGAGCUGGUUAUUCAGCUCGCUACAUCAGCAAUUACUGAAGCGGGUGAUGACUGGAAAAGUCAGGCUACUUUAAGAACAUGCAUUUUCAAACAUCAUUUGGACUUGGGUCACAAUAGCCAAGCAUAUGAGGCCUUAACCCAAAUUCCUGACUCCAGCAGGCAGUUAGACUGUUUGCGGCAGCUGGUGGUCGUUCUUUGUGAACGCUCCCAACUGCAGGAUCUUGUAGAGUUUCCCUAUGUGAAUCUGCAUAAUGAAGUUGUGGGAAUCAUUGAGUCGCGUGCCAGAGCUGUGGACCUUAUGACUCACAAUUACUAUGAACUCCUCUAUGCUUUUCACAUUUACCGCCAUAACUACCGAAAAGCUGGUACAGUGAUGUUUGAAUAUGGUAUGCGUCUUGGCAGAGAGGUUCGAACUCUCGGGGGACUUGAGAAGCAAGGCAACUGUUACCUGGCUGCUAUUAAUUGUUUACGGCUUAUUCGUCCAGAGUAUGCGUGGAUUGUACAGCCAGCCUCUGGGGCAGUGUCUGAUCGCCCUGGAGCAUCUCCUAAGAGGAAUCAUGAUGGCGAGUGCACAGCUGCCCCAACCAAUCGGCAGAUUGAAAUUCUAGAAUUGGAAGACCUCGAGAAAGAGUGUUCUUUAGCGCGAAUUCGCCUCACGUUGGCACGGCAUGAUCCAUCAGCAAUUGCCAUUGCAGGAAGUUCAUCAGCAAAGGAGAUGAGCACGCUCUUGGUUCAGGCUGGCCUCUUUGACACUGCCAUAUCACUCUGUCAGACUUUUAAGCUUCCAUUAACACCGGUCUUUGAAGGGCUUGCUUUCAAGUGCAUUAAGUUGCAGUUUGGAGGAGAAGCAGCACAGGGAGAAGCCUGGGCCUGGCUAGCAGCCAAUCAGCUCUCUUCUGUCAUCACCACCAAGGAGUCCAGUGCUACAGAUGAAGCAUGGAGGCUAUUAUCAACUUACUUGGAAAGAUACAAAGUCCAGAAUAACUUGUAUCACCACUGUGUGAUUAACAAGUUGUUAUCUCAUGGAGUUCCUCUGCCUAAUUGGCUUAUAAAUAGUUACAAGAAAGUCGAUGCUGCUGAGUUGCUUCGCCUUUACCUGAACUAUGACCUUUUAGAAGAAGCCGUGGAUUUGGUCUCUGAAUAUGUAGAUGCUGUAUUGGGAAAAGGACAUCAGUACUUUGGAAUUGAGUUUCCACUGUCAGCAACAGCCCCGAUGGUGUGGCUCCCAUACUCUUCUAUUGACCAGCUUCUCCAGGCUCUGGGAGAGAACAGUGCCAACAGUCACAACAUUAUACUGUCCCAGAAAAUUCUUGACAAACUAGAAGACUACCAACAAAAAGUCGACAAGGCAACACGAGAUUUACUGUACCGCCGGGACUUGUGAUUGGGAUAGCUGCUCAGCCUUUGUAACCUUGGUGCCUCUUAGGCUUAAGACUACUCUACAGAGACCCUGUCCUCAGGGCCAAUUUUGAUGACUGUAAAUGAUGUGUACGGCGCCUGAGUCUGCAUUCUGCACAACAUAAGAGAACAAAAGUCAGGACCGACCCUGUGCUUGCUUGUGGUGCUAACACGGUUUCUGCUUUUCAAACUUCGUCUCUAACAGCUGCUUUUGUAUAUGAUUCUCAACCUUUUUCAGAGUUUAUAUUUUUUUAAACUACCGAAGCCAUCCUUUAUCUGCAAACAAAAAAGUCACCUUCACUUUCCAUAAUAGCUAUGAUUGUUGGCUUGUUAUAGCUGACCACCAAACUGUCACUGUGUAUCUUCUCAUUUUUCCUUAUCUUUUUGUAUUUCAGUGGGAUUGAUUUGGUCCAGAACUGACAUAUAUUUUCUGUAUUGCAAACAAAGGCUAGUGGUUUUACAUACUCCUUUCAUUAUUUAUUGUAGAGUUUUCAUGUGACCUUCAAUAAAGUAUUAGGUGAUAUGCAUAGAUUAAGCAUAAAUUAUGACCACCUUUUUAAGGAAAAUAUAUUUUGAAUCUGGCUCUAAAGCUAAAGUUGAGUAAAUAUCAGAAAAAGAUUAAUGUCCACCAUCUAUAAAAGAAACAGAUUUUCAUUUUCAAAAUGUAUUUAUGUGAUUUACUAAUCAAGCUGGACUUGAUCCUACAGUUAGUAUGAUAAUAUAUUGGACCAAAACAGAAUUUUAUUGGUCAGAAUCAGAAACAUUCGUGCAAACAGACUUUGGGAAAGGUGAAAAAUAAUAAAAAUAUCCUUUGAUUUUAUUCUGUAUAUUAAGAUUUAUCUUUCAAGGGAACAGUUAUACACUAUUUGAAUGAAUGCCCUUUGGCUUUGUGUUUUUUAUAAACUUUAGAAUUUACACUAUCCACAACCUAGUUGUGUUACAUAGUUUACAGCUCUACAGUGCUUAAUAUGGCAUGCUAGGGAUUGGCCCCGUGAUUCAGUCGUAGUCUGAAAAUAGCAAACCCUGUUUCAGCCAUAUCUGAAGAGCAACAAGUAAGAGGACACUGGUGCUGCCUCAGCAGUUCACACAGCACUGACGCUUUCCCUGUGCUGACCCUCCUGUCAAAGCAGUCUGAUCUUCCAUUUACCUCUACCCGUCUCAUUGUGAUUCCAGCCAGAGCAAUGGGAACUUGUGCUCUCACACAGUUUGCACGCCACUGUGGGUCUGUGUUUGUGUUUACUGUACCCUUUGAGAUUUUAUUAGUCCACAGUAUUAUGACCUUUGCCUGUUUUUGGUGGGUUUUUUUUUUUUUCCUACUCUUGUGAUUUUUCUGUCAGAAAGUAUUAUUGAAAGGUUCUCUGAGAAUCUAGAGAAAUGGCUCAGUGGUUAGGCAGGCUGGCCAUGAGUAAGUUCUGUUGGGCCAGGAGUGUGGAUCUCACAAUAGAACAUUUGCUUAGCAGAUCCAAGGCUCUCAAUUGCCAGCCUCAGAAGGUAUGUAGUAAAAUGGAACUGCAAUGGCUGUAAGAGAUGUCGUUUCUGUUAUACUGAAUUUGGUAGGGCUGGCUGCCAAGGCCUCUGUUUAACCCCAAUACCACAGAGGGAGAGGGAAAAUGAUAGUAGCACUGAGUUCUCAUACUGAUAAUUUUUACCAGCUAUAUUAUUGUAGCCCCAAUGUUUGCUAUACAAAUCUUGUGUAGUGUAUACAAACAACACUAUUUUAAUAAUUCCUUUCCUUUGCCAGCCUUCCUCACUAGAGCUUAAGAUCCUUGGGGUCUGCCAGGAUAAGUGUUGACACACCUUUAAUCCUAGUGUUCAUGAGGCAGAGGCAGAGGCAGGAGGACCUCUGUGAGUCUUGAGACCGGCCUGAGGUACAUAGUGAGCUAGGGCUACGUAGAGAGACCCUGUCUCAGAAAAAAAGAAAAAGAACCAUUGGAUUAGUCGUCACCAGUUCAGGACCAGCCUUUGUCCCUAUUGUGACUCCCUCAAGUUAACUAUUUAGUACUUCUCAAAGUCCUGGCUAUUUUGUCUCCUAAAACUUCACUGAACAUGCAGGGUAAACAACCGUUCAAAAAAAGAGAAAACAAAAUUACAGGCUUGGAGAGAUGGCUCAGCUCUUAGGAGUACCAUAGUUCAAUUCCCAGUAUCACCAACAACCAGCUCUUAAGCUCCAGGGAAUCUAUAGCCUUCUGGUCUCCUGAAGAACCUGUGUAUGUAGAACAGAGGCAGAGACAAGUGGAUCUCUGUGAGUCUGAGGCCAGCCUGGUCUACAUAGUAAUACCAUUUCAAACAACAGCAAUAGCAAAAACUACAGCAAAUGUACCUCAAAGAAAGACCUUUUCCAUUUCCCCCAACAUAAGGUUUCAUGUAUCCCAGGCUGGCCUAGAACUCACUAUAACUGAAGAUGACCUUGAAUUUCUGAUCCUUUUGCCUCUGGCUCUGAAGUGUUAGGAUUAGUUAUAAACCACCACAUCCAGUUUAUGCAAUGUUAGGAUCCAAUCCAGGUCUCUGUAUACUAUAGUCAAGUACUCUGCCAACUGAGCUGCAGCCCAAGCUCUAAUUGAAGACCUUAAUUGACUGUUUGAGGUUAUAGAGUCAAGUAACUCCCCAUUCUGUGAAACAUGCUGUAGGGCUAGUGAGUGUUGUGUCAGUAAAGUGUCAGCUUGAUGACCUGAGUCCAGUCUCCUAGAACCCAGAUUUUAAAAGGCUAGACAUAGUCAUAUAUGCAAGUAAUGCCCAUGCUGGAGGAUAGAGACAUGGAUCCUGGGGUGCUGGCCAGCCAGACUAGCCUACUUGGUAAGAUCCAGACCAGGAGAGAUCUUGACUCAAAAACAAAACAAGGACAGCUCCUGCAAAAUGGCACCUGAGACCUGACCUUGACCUCUGGCCACCAUAUACAUUUAUAUACAUAGAGGUAAACUCACAAACAAAUAUGUAUAAUGUUGAGCUCAGUGGACGUUAAUUUUUAGCAAGAGAGGGGCCUAGCAAGAUGGCUCAGUCGGAAAAGGUGCCUUCUGCCAAGCACAGUUUGGUCCCCAAGGUAAAAGGUAAAAGACAACCAAUUCCUGCAAGUAGUCCUCUGACCUCAACACAUGAGGCACAUGCAUAACACACACACACACACACACACACACACACACACACACGAAUCUAAAAAUAAAUGUGAAAAGCAAUUUGCACUGGGUAAUGGUGGUGGCACAUUCCUUUAAUGCCAGCACUCAGGAGGCAGAGGCAGGUAGAUCUCUGAGGUAGAGGCCAGCCUGGUCCUCAGAACAAGUUCCAGAACAGCAAGGGCUACACAGAAACCCUGUAUUGGGGAAAAAAAAAAAAAAAAAAAAAAAAAGAUAAAGGAAAAAAUUCUCAGGCUGGAGAGAUGUCUCAGUGAUUGAGAGCACUGACUGCUCUUCCAGAAGCCCUGAGUUCAAAUCCCAGCAACCACAUGGUGGCUCACAACCAUCUGUAAUGGGAUCUGAUGCCCUCUUCUGGUGUGUCUGAAGACAGCUGCAGUGUACUCACAUAUAAUAAAUAAAAAUAAAAUAAAUUUUCUGGUUGAGGUUAGCUUCUGUCUCAUUCUCAGGUUCCUUUAAAGUCAGGUAACUUUGUUUCAGAUUAGUGGUGUGGAACACUAACUAAGUGACUUUGGUUUUGGUCAGGCAUAGUACAGGACCUAAAGCCAAAGCAAGUGUCUCCUGUAAAUACCACUGGCAGAACAAAAGCUUAAACCCUGAGUUUAACCCUGAUACUUUCAGUUAUCUGCAGCACAACAAAACUAGGGGAGGAGGAGACCGUGGCAUCAAGUCGAUUCACAGAAUCUCCUCACUUCGUCCUCAGACUGUUGCAAACACUAACACUCCUCAAAUGAAUAUGGAUAGAAUUUAUAUUUAAAUAGCAAAAAGAAAAGUCUACCCAUGAACACAGUGUAAAUAAGAUACCUUGAUACAUUUUCCAUUAGCACAUAGUUUUUAUUACAAAAUUUUCUAAGUUUGAGUGUUUUACCUGAAUGUAUAUAUGUCCAUCAUGUGUGUAUCUGAUGACCAUGGGGCCAGGAGGAAGCAUCAGAAUCCCUGAAACUGGAGUUAGAGAUGGUGGUGAGCCCCCAGUGUGUGCUGGGAACUAAACCUGGGUCUUCUGCGUGAGUAUUUCAACCACCGAGCCCCGUCAUAGAACUUCUAAAGUGUCCUUUAAUCUCCCCUGUUUUUCCUAGUCAUAGUACCUAAAACCAUAGGUAUUCCUGUAUUGCUGGGUUCUGUAUAUACCCCUGAAAAUUAGAUACUUUAAUGUAUAAAUAACUUGCUGACUUCUCAUUGUGUCUACUCAGAAUUCUGUAAGUAAAAAGCCAAUUUAUUGUGCAAUGACCUAUGAUUUGAAUAUAGGUAUUUCAAUAAACCAGGCUUCAUGGUUUAAAUGAAUCUCCAUAAAA